AGUUCGUGUUGUUUGCGUCGGGACAGCGGACCAGCUCUUCAUCUUAUCCUCGGACCAAUUCUCUGCUGAGGUACAAGUGCACGCCUCCCCCGCAAAAAGGAUCGUCGGCCCCCCAACACCGAAGCCAUGUCCAUAAACCUCCUCACCCGCGCCGGUCUGCGUCCGCUGACGGCCAUUGCUCGCGCUGGAUCGCGCAAGUACCGUCCUGGACUCUCUGCGAGGAAUGUUGUGCCCGCCCGCCAGUUCUGGAAGAACUCCACCAGCCCCGCCCAGGAAGCAACAACACCUCAGGAACACCUCGUUCACGAUGCAUCUAACGCAGGCCAGUUCGAUGGCAAGUCGUCGAAGAACCUGGCUGUGAGCAUUGACGGCGAGCCCAAGAUCUUCGACAGCAUCUUCCUUAGAGACAGCUGCACGUGCCCCGAAUGCGUAGAUCCCUCCAACAAGCAGAAGCUCUUCCAGACGUGCGAUAUCCCAGAGAACAUCGAGGGUGUAUGCCAGACCAUUGUCGACAAAGAACAUGGCUGGAUGGUGGAGGUUGCCUGGCAGAGCGACGUUCCUGGAUAUUCUUCUGAGCACCGGACCAAGCAUUCCAUCAAUUGGCUGAAGCGGGCUCUUACUACGGAAGUGGAGCUUCGAGGAGGUGUGCGGAGCGAUGAGCGAGUCGUAUGGAAUAAAGAGAUCAUGACCAAGAACAAUAAAUGGCUGGACUAUGACGACUACAUGGCCAACGACCACACCUUAUUCGAGGCCCUCGUUCAUCUGAACAAGUAUGGACUACUGUUCUUCAAAGGGGUGCCAGACUCGGAGAAGUCGGUUGAGGAUAUUGCUGAGCGGAUUGGAACCCUGAAAGAUUCCUUCUAUGGCCGGACAUGGGAUGUGAAGUCCAUCCCUAAUGCUAAGAACAUUGCGUACACCAGUCAGUUCUUAGGUCUGCAUAUGGAUCUACUCUACACCGCGAAUCCACCGCACCUCCAGUUCCUGCACUCUCUUCGAGCACAAUCCCCAGGUGGCUCCUCUCUCUUCGCCGAUACUUUCUACGCUGCGGCUGAGAUCCACACCUCAUCCGCCUUCCACUUCCGCACCUUGUGCACCUUCCCAGUGACCUACCACUAUCACAACGACUCUCAGCACUACCACUACACCCGGCCUACUAUCGAGCUCUUCCCGUACCCGAAGUACUCGGAGCCCACCAACCUCGCCAUACGUCGCGUCAACUGGUCCCCUCCCUUCCAGGGCCCCUUUGAGGCCCGCAUCGGCGGCGAGAACCAGUCCGCACUAAGCAAUUACCUCUCGGCCAGCAAGGCGUUUGAGAAGGCACUGAGCAGCGAAGAAAACAUGCUCGAGUAUCGGCUAAAAGAGGGCGAAUGCGUCGUCUUCGACAACAGGCGUGUCGUCCAUGCUCGGCGUGCGUUUGAUGCCGAUGAAGGGGAGCGCUGGCUCAAGGGGGCAUAUGUGGACGACGACGUCUUCUUCAGUCGCUUGAGGGUGCUGCAGGAGAAAUUCGAGGGGAAGUGGGUGUCCGAUGGGGUUACGAGGGAGGCAGUGAAAUAGACUGCGAAGGGCUCAUGGACUAAGGGGAGCGGAAUGUGGAAAAGUUUUCGGGAGCAUGGGUUGCAUGGUAAGCUAGGCUAAGGAUGCAUUGCAUGGAGCGAUUGCUGGUAUGUGAUAUUAUAUUUAGGGGCAACGGUCCUUCUUAGCAUUUUGUAGUUUGAUGGUAUUUAGCGGUGGCAGUAUUUUGGCAGCCUUCUGAGGCAUUGAAGCUGGUCCUACGGGAUAGGCGAUAACUGUUCUGGAAAAUGUUCCUAGAUCUGAGUCUGGCAUAGGGAAGGCAUUUUGUCGAACUUUUUUUCAAAAGAAUGGAAUUCAAGGGUCAUAGGACCACAACUCGAGAUGAGUGCCUAAUUAAUCACUUUAAGUCCACG